AUGGACAGCAAUCACAUUUUUUAUGCGCUAUACAUUCUUUCUUACAUUUCAAACACGGAUCACCUUCCCGCAUCUUCCCCUCACCCUCCCAGUCCCCUCAACCUGCGAACAUAUCAAUCACUCAAGCAGCACUCACCAACUGCAACACUACCACUGCCGCUACCAGUCCCCUCAACCUGCAAACGUAUCAAUCACACAAGCAACGCACUCACCAACUGCAACACUUACCACUGCCGCUCCCAGUCCCCUCAACCUGCAAACAUAUCAAUCACUCAAGCAACGCACUCACCUACUACAACACUACCACUGCCGCUCCCAGUCCCCUCAACCUGCGAACAUGUCAAUCACCUAGCAACGCACUCACCAACUGCAACACGUACCACUCCCCCUCCCGGUCCCCUCAACCUGCGAACAUAUCAAUCACCUAAGCAGCACUCACCAACUGCAACACGUACACUGCCGCUCCCAGUCCCCUCAACCUGCGAACUUAUCAAUCACUCAAGCAACGCACUCACCAACUGCAACACGUACCACUGCCGCUCCCAGUCCCCUCAACCUGCAAACAUGUCAAUCACCCACCAACGCACUCACCGACUGCAACACGUACCACUGCCGCUCCCAUUCCCCUCAUCAACACGCACCCUCACCCCUGUAUCCCCCCAGCCCAGGCCACCGACACCCACGCUGCCCGGGAUACCACAGCUUCCCUGA